AUGUCAGAACGAUCAAUAAAAGAUUUUUUUUUAGCAAAUAAAAAAACCAAAACUAUAGAAUCUACAGAAUCUACAGACGUAAAUCAAGCCGUUACAUCGGCUAGUUCAUCAAUAAAAGGUAAAGAAAAACGAUUCUAUAAUACUAAAUGGGAAAUAGAUUAUCCUUGGCUUUAUUUUGAUAAACAACGUAACGGUGCUUUUUGUAAGUUAUGUGAAAAAUAUGUAUUUAACGGUUCAGUGGUAUUUGCAAGCUAGGUAUUUUUAAGCGGAAUUUUUGUUAACACACCUAACUAAACUAUAAAAAAGCACUAGGAAAAGAUGGUAAACUAAAUAAACACACAUUUUUUGUAUCACAUAUCCGUAGUGUAGAAUUAGAAAAACUUGCUUUGGUAGCUUUAAAAAACCCUGUUUAUAAUCAAAUUGUAAGUCAAAGUUUUGAAGAAUGUAAAAUUAAUAGAACAAAUGUAUCACAUCUUUUUCGAUCUGUUUAUCUUUUGGUGAAAGAAGAGAUAGCUCAUGCAACUAAAUAUGAGCCAUUAAUUAAACGAUUACUUAUGAAAAGUAGUGGUCACUUCAAAAUUGGAUUGAUGCAAGUAAUGAUCGUUCAACAUAUACGAGUAAAGCUACAGCUAGUGUGCUUUUAUGUUGCGCUUCAGAAAUUUUAG